AUGUGGCAAGAUGCUAGCGCAGAUGCAUCGAAUAGCAGCACUGGUGACAAGGAAGCGGUACUUUGCCGAGUAGGCAUUAAGAUGCCGUCAUUUUGGCCCGAAAAACCGACGCUUUGGUUUGCACAGUUGGAUUGCCAAUUCGCAGUAGCGAAUAUUACAUCGGAUGUCACAAAAUAUUAUCAUGUAAUAUCAGUGUUGGAUCCAAAAAUUGCUGCGGAAGUCGAAGAUCUAAUAAUUAGACCACCGGCGAACGAGAAAUACGACACAUUAAAACGUGAGUUGAUUGCUAGACUAUCUGCUUCAAGAAGUGAGCAAAUCAAACAGUUGCUCAUGAAUGAGGAAUUGGGAGAUCGCAAGCCAAGCCAGUUUUUGCGGCAUAUUCGCAGUUUAGCCGGAUCAGGUUUGCUACAAACUAUAGUGGCAAUGCAAGAUAACUUUCCACUCGACCAACUUGCCCAAUUAGCCGAUAAAGUAGCUGAGGUUACGCCACAUACGUCAGCACAACAAGUAGCUUCAACAUCCACUUCAGACUCAUCGCCAGCAUUCGAAGACCUGAAUCGGAAAAUUGAUGCGCUGACCAAGAGGCUCGAUGAAAUGUCGACAGCAAGAGGACGUCGCGACUUCCCGAAAAGGAGGUCGAAAUCCAGCAGCCGGCGCCGCAGUCAGUCGAGAAGUCGUUCUCGUGCUGAUGGCCAGCGAUACUGCUGGUAUCACUUCAUCUACGGCGAGAAAGCAGCUAAGUGCAUAAAGCCUUGUAAAUAUACAAAAAACUAG